AUGCCAGGCUUCGAUGAUGAAUUUACAAGAACCGGUUCGUCAUAUACUGCAUACAAAUCUCAAAUAACACCUCGCACAACAAAUGUUCAACGUCGUGCAGGUGGUCCAGCAGGGAUUAUGACACGAAUGUAUCAAAGUUACUCUUCAACAGGUGCUAGUGGUGGUUUUAAUGCUGGUGGUCUUGGUGCUGGAAUGGCAGGUUUAGCAUCAAUAGCUGGCCUUGGCAACUUUGCUGGUAUACCAUUACGACCAAAUCGUGGUGUAACAGCAUUAGUUGCUGUUAAUGAAACACGUGAAAGAGAAAAACGUGAAUUAUGUCAAUUAAAUGAUAAAUUCGCUCAAUAUGUUGAAAAGGUACGAUUUCUUGAAGCACAAAAUCGUAAAUUACAAUUAGAAUUAGAAGCAUUACAAAAUAAAUCUGGACAUGGUUCAUCAAGAAUAAAAGAAAUGUAUGAAGUUGAAAUGAGUGAAGCAAAAAAACUAAUUGAUGAUACAACAAAAGAUCGUGCAGCAGCUGAAGUUAAAGCUCGUGAUGCUGAAAAAGAAGCAGGUCGUUAUCGUAAACGUUAUGAUGAAAUUUUAAAUAGUCGUGAAACAGAUCGUACAGCAAUUGAUCGUCUUCAACAACAAAUAGCUGAAAAUGAAGCACAAAUUAAUUUAUUUCGUCGUCGUUUAAGUGAUCUUGAAGAUGAAGCACGACGUUAUAAAGCUGAAACACAACGUUUAGCAUCUGAAAUAGCACGUUUACAAAAUGAAAUACAAAAUGAAACAUUAGUUAAAAGUACACUUGAUACAGAAAAAAUGGCAUUAGAAGAUGAACUUGCUAUGAUUAAACAAAUGCAUGAAGCUGAUUUAAAUGAAUUACGUUCAAAAACAGUUGUUGAUGUUAGUUUAGAUCCUUCACAUUUCUUUCGUAAUGAAUUAGCACAAGCUAUUCGUGAUAUUCGUAAUCAAUUUGAAGCAGCAAAUGAACAACAACGUGCAGAAUUACAUAAUCGUUAUAUGAUGUCCUAUAAUGAACUUAUAUUAAAAUAUCAAAAACCUGAUCUUGAUCCAAUACAAACUGAACAACAACGAAUUCAAGAAGAAAGAUUACGUACAACAUUAUUAUCAACACGUAAUGAAGUUGCACAUAUGAAAGCAAGAAAUGAAGAAUUAAAUAAUAGAAUAAAAGAACUUCAAAUACAUAUUACUCAAGAACGCGAAGAUGGUAGUCGUUCACUACAAAGACGUUCAGCUGAUAUUGAAGAAUUACGUCGUAAAUUAGAAAUCUUACAACGACAAUAUGAAGAAGUUACAAAUAUGAAAACAUCAUUAGAAAAAGAAAUAAGUACAUAUAGAGAAUUACUUGAAGGAACAAAUAAUCGUGAAGGUCUCAAACAAAUUGUUGACCAUGUUCUUGAAGAAGCACGACGAUACGAACAUGAACGAUCAGCAGGUGCUAUAGAUGUUGCUGGUUCACUUUCAUAUUCAGGUGGUGGUGGUGGUGGUGGUGGUUCAACAGUAACUCAACGUAUAUAUACUUCAACUUCAGGAUCAGGUGUAAGUGGUUCUGGAUUUACUGGUUCAAUGGGUAGUCCUAGCCGAAUUACUGCUAGUUAUAGUGCAACACAAGGUGGCGGUGGUGUAUCGUAUUCAAAUAUAACAAGUCGCCGUGAAUUUUCAUCAUAA